AUGCCCUGCCAGCCCUGCUUUCUCGGAUUGCCUCGGGAGGUUCGAGAUGGCAUAUACGGGCUGGUUCCUCUGGCGCAGUGUCAGGCCGCUUCUGCACCUCCUGCACCUCCUGCACCCUCUUCUUCUUCGGAGCUAAUACGACGCGCAAACACUAUAUUCCACCACAGAGUUGAACCCUACGAUAUUAGCGAUCCGGCAGAGCACUUGUACGCGUUCAGUGUAUCCGACGCCCAGCCUUUAGUCAACCCGGCCUUGUCGUUACUGCUGGUCAAUCACCAAGUCCAUCAUGAGACAAAACAGGCGCUGGAUUGGAUGGCAAAGAAGCCCCAGGAUCUGUACCUGGACGUUAUAUUUUGCAAAGCCACAGACUGUUUGUGGGCAACCUGGCUGUCGGUGCCUUGCCUCGCAUCUCGCUACCGCAACUUUUACGUCAAAGUCCGCCACUUUGAUCAACAUGAGUUGUUGGGGUCCGAGGCGCAGGAAACGGACUCGUCCCAUACAUCGCAUGAGGGGCGGAUAUUGACCAAACUGCUCAGCGGCGCUCUGUGCACAUAUUUGCAAGGGGGAACGUUGGCUCAUGGCAGACCGGCCAGCGACUCGGCAGGCUUCACGGCAGAGCAUCUGCUGCUGGAUUUCUUCCCUAACCCACACGAAGACACCGAGGAUGACGAAGACACUGGGGAUGACGAAGAAACUGUGGAUGACGAAGUCACUGAGGAUUGGGGCGUGAUCGACUAUGCGCUCGAUUUCAUGUGGGAGUUGGGGUGGUUCACAAGGCCUAUUGCAGCUGUUACGCCGUUUUACGAGCGGAUAGGAAACAUCCGGUCUGUGGGUAAUGGAGCCCAAUUCCAAUUGCAACGGUUCGAUCUAAGCUACAAUCUCGGACGUUAUUUCAACCAGCCGAACCCAGACUCGGAUAUAGAUCCGAUCAAGUGGAGAGAUGCCACAAUCCGGAAACGACAAGAAGCAGGUUUACCUACCGAGGCUGUGAGGCCUGUUGCCCACGAGUGA